AUGAGAUCCUUGGUGACUCGGUGUGGUGUUUUGUUCAUAGUUGUGUCAGUGUGUGUCAGCGCACGUAACAUUGACGAUAACAGAAAACAUAAGGACGAUUUGGCGUUAGCCGAAUCUCAGCAUCACGAAGAAGGCGGCGGACAUGAAAAUCACGCUCAUCACCACGCAGAACAUGGCGGAAAAGGAUUAAAAGGAUAUAAAUCGGGCCAUCAUUACGGCGUCGAUAAUCAUGGCAAAUAUGGACAUGAGCACGAAGCUGGGCAUCACGGAGAAAAAGGUGGACAUGCAAAAGGUCAUUAUCAUAAAGACGGUCAUUAUGGUGAACACCAUGAAGCGGGCGGUUAUCACAAAGGCGGAAAAUUCGGGGAAAAGAAGGGUCACAAGAAAGGACAAAAAACCACAGGAUUCCAUCACAAAGCCCACAAAGAUGAUUACCAUAAAGAACAUAAAUUUUAUGACGAACUUCACAAAGCAGGCAAACACUUCAAGUAUGGAGACUAUCAUGCCCAUCAUGGCAGCAAGGAGGGUGGUCACAAAAAGGGCGGCAGUCAUCACAGCGGACAUCACGAAGACAACCACGGAAAGAAAGGACACCAUGCUAAAAGCCACUAUGACGAAGACCACAAGGGACAUAAAGGACUACAAGGACACGAAGAACACCAUGCUCAUUUUGAAGAUUAUGGCAAAAAAGGCGGAGAACAUUCCGGAAGAGAAUUCGGAUUUAGCAAAGGUGGACAUCGUUAA